GCGGGAGGAGCGGGAGGUGACAGAGCCAUGACGGCGGGACAGCAGCACGCAGGCGGCGGAGCCUCGAUCCGUGCACUCCUAUUCUGAUUCCUGUUCAUUUUUUUUCUUCCCUGCCCAGUUUUAUAGUCGCGUUUAGAGCUAGUUUUGAGUCCCUGGGAGCGUAUCCGGUUCGGAAUGAUCCCCCUCGCCGACUUAAAAACAAUGACGAAACGUAAAAGGCGCAAUCUCCCGGAUUGUUGCGCCUGAACCCCCGAGCGGACCAGCGGACUCCGGCGCCGUCUCCGCCGGCUCCGCGGCUUCACCACGACGGGGAGGAAGAGCGAGGGAGGGAGGGACGACAUGGAGAGCCCGACUGAGAAUCCCGCCAGGGCUGCGGAAUAUCUGAAGGAGCUUAACAAGAUUAUUGAGACCCAGCAGGAGUUGCUGGAGCGGCAGAGAGGGAGGAUCGAGGAGCUGGAGCAGCAAGUGUCCGCCGUGCGGGAGCAGUACCAGCGACACCUGGCCACCUGCCGGCUGCAGGGCAGCAGCCCGCUGGGGGCCAUACGGGAGCACGAAAAGCCUGAAUGUGACCCGUCCAGAAUGGUCAGGAGACAUGCAUCCCUACCAAUCGAAGCCACUGAGAAUCCUGGGAGGUCGGUGUCUGAAGGUUGCAGAAGAGUCACCCCGUGUCGCAAGUGGAAGUCUGCGUCCUUUGGUGUGGAAGGGGAUGGACGGCCCAGUGAGAGUGGCCCUCCCUUGGACGGUGGAGCCAGCUAUGGCCAGGGGCCGGUGACUCACGGCUCAGCCAUCAGCCCGGACCGUUUUGACAGCCAUCUUUACAGCCACGGGAUCCAACCCGGGCCACAGAGGCCCCGCCGGCCCAAGCUGCAGCACUCGCAGUCCAUCCUCCGUAAGCAGGCUGAGGAAGAGGCCAUCAAGCGGUCCCGCUCGCUCUCGGAGAGCUAUGAGCUCUCAGCCGACCUCCAAGAUAAACAGGUGGAGAUGCUGGAGCGUAAAUAUGGUGGAAGAUUCAUAACUCGGCAUGCAGCUCGCACCAUUCAAACGGCCUUUCGUCAGUACCAGAUGAACAAGAACUUUGAACGCCUCAGGAGUUCCAUGUCAGAAAACCGCAUGUCCAGACGCAUCGUCCUCUCCAACAUGAGGAUGCAGCUCUCAUUCGAGGGCCCUGAGAAAGUGCACAGCUCCUAUUUUGAAGGCAGACAGGUGUCCAUGACGGAGGAUGGCACCCCGCUGUCCAUGGUGCAGUCUGAAUGUGGAGACCUGGACGUUCACCAGCAAGCAAACAUGGCAUCUCUCCCAGCGCCGCAGAGCGACCUGACGGACGCCAUCACAGAGCUGGAGGACGCCUUCUCUCGGCAGGUCAAGUCUCUGGCCGAGUCCAUAGACGACGCGCUGAACUGUCGCAGCCUUCAGGGGGACGAGGGUCCGGAUCCCGAGCCCAUGGGUUGCUCCGAGGUGGAGGGGGAAGUAUCUUAUCAGGUGAAGCCCCACCGCAGGGCAACCGGGCGGAUGCGGGACGAAACCUUGGCAUCCUAUAGCGACGUUACUCUGUUCAUCGACGAGGAGGACAUACCCCCGUCUAUUGCUCUGUCGAGAUCAGCAGAGCAGCAGUCCAGUACAGAAUCAGACUUACGGUUGAGGUCAGUCAACUCUUCUCAAGAGUACUGGCCUAUCGACCCCAAAGAUGAGGGUCGUGACACAGACACAAGCUGCCGCAGCACUCCUUCCCUGGAGUGCCAAGAGCAGCGUCUUAGAAUGGACCAUCUUCCUCUGUUGACCAUAGAACCUCCUAGCGACAGCUCGGCGGAGCUCAGCGACCGCUCCGAACGUAGCUCCGUCAAACGACCACCCGUGUACGAACCUCACGGCCACAUCGUCACGUCGUCCCAGGCGAGCCCUAAACACAUUUCCCACGGACCCCCGCCGAGAGCUUCGUCUCGGGACGAUGACGCGCCGCUACGCCACCGCCACCGACAGCUAGAGAGCCACCUGGCGAUCAACGGCUCGGCAAACAGACAGAGUAAGUCUGAGUCUGACUUCUCCGACGGGGACAACGACAGUAUCAAUAGCACAUCAAACUCCAAUGACACCAUAAACUGCAGCUCUGAGUCCUCAUCGAGAGACAGCCUACGAGAGCAGACUCUGAGUAAGCAGACGUACCACAAAGAGACUCGUAACAGCUGGGAUUCGCCCAUCUUCAGUAAUGAUGUUAUUCGCAAGAGACACUACCGCAUCGGCCUCAAUCUCUUCAACAAGAAGCCUGAGAAGGGCAUCCAGUACCUCACUGAGAGGGGAUUCAUUCCCGACACACCCGUCGGUGUGGCUCACUUCCUACUUCAAAGGAAGGGGCUCAGCAGGCAGAUGAUUGGAGAAUUUCUUGGCAAUCGACAGAAACAGUUUAACAGAGAUGUCUUGGACUGUGUGGUAGAUGAAAUGGACUUUCAGGGCAUGGAGUUGGACGAGGCCCUCAGGAAGUUUCAGAACCACAUCCGUGUCCAGGGUGAAGCCCAGAAGGUGGAGCGGCUCAUUGAAGCCUUUAGCCAGCGCUACUGCAUCUGUAACCCCACCGUGGUGCGGCAGUUCAGAAAUCCCGACACCAUCUUCAUCCUAGCGUUUGCCAUCAUCCUCCUCAACACUGACAUGUACAGCCCCAAUGUCAAACCUGAGAGGAAGAUGAAACUAGAGGACUUCAUCAAGAAUUUAAGAGGUGUGGACGAUGGAGAGGACAUUCCCCGGGAGACGCUGGUCGGGAUCUAUGAGAGGAUCCGUAAGCGAGAGCUCAAGACCAAUGAAGACCAUGUCUCACAGGUGCAGAAGGUUGAGAAGCUCAUUGUGGGAAAGAAACCAAUUGGAUCCCUCCACCAUGGCCUGGGAUGUGUGCUGUCGCUGCCCCAUCGUCGACUGGUGUGUUACUGCCGUCUGUUUGAAGUACCAGAUCCCAACAAGCUGCAGAAGCUGGGCCUGCAUCAGCGGGAGAUCUUCCUGUUCAAUGACCUCCUAGUGGUAACUAAGAUUUUUCAGAAGAAGAAGAAUUCUGUAACAUACAGCUUCAGACAGUCCUUCUCUCUGUACGGGAUGCAGGUCAUACUGUUUGAAAAUCAGUAUUACCCAAAUGGAAUAAGACUGACAUCAGCGAUACCUGGUGCAGACAUCAAAGUGCUCAUCAACUUUAAUGCACCCAACCCCCAGGACCGCAAAAAGUUUACGGAUGACCUUAGAGAGUCCAUCGCAGAGGUCCAGGAAAUGGAGAAAUACAGAAUAGAGUCUGAGCUUGAGAAGCAGAAGGGGGUGGUGAGACCCAGCAUGUCGCAGAGUUCCGGCCUGAAGAAGGAAGCUGGCAAUGGUAGCAUGAACCGCGCCAGUCUGGACGACAGCUAUGCCAUGGGCGAGGGCCUGAAGAGGAGCGCCCUCAGCAGCUCGCUGCGAGACCUCUCUGAAGCAGGCAAGCGGGGGCGUCGCAGCAGUGCAGGAUCACUAGACAGCAAUAUGGAAGGGUCCAUCAUUAGCAGCCCGCACACGCGGCGGAGAGCCACCACGCCGCGCGAGGGAGCGCCUCGCGGCCACCCCUCCAUCCCCAACUCGGCGUCCACCUCCAUCCUCGGCUCGCUGUUCGGUAGCAAGCGUGGGAAGUCGUCAUCUCAGAGCCACACCCCUCUGGUCCCGCCCAACCACCCGACUCUCAUAUCGCACAAGCCCCACCCGACCAACCUGCAUCACACGGCACAGGUGACCCCAACAGCACAGGCCCAGUCGCACGGCCACCAUUCCCAGUACUGCCAAGUCCCGCAGAACCCCCCGCCGUACCAUCACCACCACCACUACCACCCGCCUCCGCACACGCAGUACCACCAGCACCCGGCGUACACCGCGCACGCACACCAACCCCACCACUCGCAGCAGCAGCAGCAGCAGCAGCAGCAGCAGCAGCAGCAGCAGCAGCACAGCCACUACGGCCAACAUUCCCACCACACCUCGCACUCCCAGCACGGCCCUCACCACCACAGUCAGCAGGCGGGUCCGGCACCCGGCGGGCCCAAACCCAAACACAGUGGCAUCAGUACCGUAGUGUGAUGCUCCCAAACGCGGUGAAGAGAAGCAAGAAGGGAACUUGAUUUGAAAGAGGGACAAUCGCUUACACCAAAGGGACUGACAGCAUAACUCUAUGGCCUGUCCACUGUGUUUUAGCUGCUGUGAUGGAAAACCGGUCACACGCAGUCACCUUUCUCACUCCCAGGUCCAACUAAUAUGCAGGAUGGAAAUCGGACUCAAAUCUUCCACUAGGGGCCUUUACUAGUACGGCUGAUUGGGGGCUUUGGUCCCCUCAAGGGUUUUGUGGGUUUUGGGGAGGGGGGUGAACAGGAAGAUGCUCUUUGUUUAUCACACACAACACCCGGUUGUGACGGCCGAGGAGAAGAUGCGAUGUCUCCCCGAGCCGCUCUCUCCGCUACUUCAUCCCCUCAAUAAUCAACUUGUCUUACCUUUACACAGUUGGGAGGAAAGAUGCCCCGAGACGAAAAACAUGGCGUGAACAAGCCUGUAGGAAAUUGACUCUUUCGUUUGCAGAUCCUACCAUCAUAUGAAUGCUAUUUGUUGUUUUCCUGUAGAGCUCAUAUAGUGUAAAAGAAAAAAGAAAAAAAAAAAGAAUUAUAAUCAUUUCACACUAACUUAAAUCAAAGGACAGGUAAACAACUCGACUGAGUCGAUCAUAGUAGUUCUAGUGCUGUAUUUACUGUAGAUGACAGCUAUACGUGUUGUCUCCUAGCUCUCAUAAAUAAAUGUGCCAAUUAUUAAUACAUACUCUAUUUAGUCAAGACUUUGUGUACAGUAUAUUGUGUGUAAAGUAAUUUGUAAGAUUAUACUUACAAUUAUUAUCAGCAUAAAUGACAGAAUCAGUAUUAUACUGACUGUGGUAACAGGAUGUAGACCUGAAAGGAGUGAACUCUCAUUGGGUCCAGCCUACAAUCUGCUCCGGAGCUUUCCGGAGGAUCAGAAAGACCUUCUGGACGGCAGCUGUCGCAUAUGGACAUAAAAGUGCUGUUCAGUCACAGCCAAAGCCUCAAAAUACACUUCUCCUGUCAACUCUUCUGGGCUGAUGAACUCAGCUGUUGGCUCACGUAUCACACAGUGGCUGCUCCAAUUAUUAAACCUAAAUAACAAAAAGCAACAAAGACUAAGAAGGAAAAGACAUUUUCAACACUUUGAGUCUUUUCUUGUUACAAAUGAAAAACUUUUUUCUUCAACAUAUGCAACAGCUGCUCUCUUGAGUCUUGAAAUAAUAAAUAGAAAAACUUCAAACUUGUUUUUCCUGCCUUGUUUAGAUUGUUUUAUUCUUCACUGAUGAGAUUUGGUGGGUGAAUAAAAUCGGUUUGUACAUGGUGAAGUAUUCUUUUCGGUUCCCUAUCAUAUGUGCAAUAUUGUUGUACUGAUUAUGUACAUCAAGAACAAGCAAGGAUUCCCUCCUAUUUGUAUGUGUUUCAUUUUGCGUCAUUAUUUAUUUAUCUUUUGUUUUUGGACCCCUGUCAGAUUCUUUCCUGGUAAAAAUUAAUGUGUGGCUAAAAAUCACCGUGUGGCUGUCCUCGUGGUCGUUCACGAGAGGGUUUGGAGUUCAGUGGAAUGUCUAGUGAUUGAAGUUUUCUUUUUUGUUUGUUCGUUUGUUUUGUUUUUGUUUUUUUUGCAUGUAAUGUUAUUGAUGUGAGGCUAUCCUCUGCACAUUGUAUAACAAAUCAGUGUUACCAUAGCAAGUUUAAGUGCAAUCAUGUUCAGAAAAUUUCAGAUUCAGGUGAGAGUAAAACAAAACCUUUUUUUUUUUUUUUUCGUUUUUGUCAUUUGAAAAUAUAUAAAUACUUAAAACAGUUCACAGUGGUAAGAAGAAUGUCUGUAUAUAUUUUAAUAAAAAGGAAAAUGCCUCUCCUUGGGCUGAACAGAAAUAUUUUGCUGGAUAAGCACAUACGACAGAACACGUUCAUUUUUUCCUUCAGGUAAUGCAGUUAUAACGUACAAAAUGCAAGCUGAACAAAAGAACUGGGUAUAUAUAAAGAUUAUGUUUCUACAGUCUACAAAUAAGAGUCUAUUCUAGUGUGUAAAUUAGUGAGAGUAAACUGUUUGUCCCAAUAUUCAGGUUGUAAAUGUAUUUUAAUAGUCAUGAAGAAAACAAAUGCCAUAAGUCUGGCCUGUAUAUUUUUCCUCAUAAGAAUCAACUAGGAUUGAUCAGAUGACAGACAUAUCACAUACAGGAACAUUAUUGAUCAGCUGAAUGUGUCUUUCCAUUGAUUUCAUAACUUUGCUAUAAUUCUGAAAUCUUGGGAGGAAGUGAAACCGAUGAACCUGUUUUAUUUCGGUGUGUGUUGUCGUGCUUCAAAUGCCUACAGUCGUCGUCUGUGAGAGAGCACCCCGACAAUGCACUGCAUGGAUCUGAUGCAUCAUGUGUCCUAUUCACUGUGAGCUGAUUGGGAGGAAAUCAGCCGAUACGUUUGGACUUUCUCCUUUUGGUUUUGAUUGACUAAGAUUUUUUUUUUCCCCUGACAAGGAUGUGUUCUUCUCGUUUCCAUGUUGUUUGCCUGGUAGUUAUUAAAGCCCAGCAUGCAUCUCAUCAACAAAGCCAUUUUGUAAAUUACAAACAUGAAUAACAUUGCACUUGGUUGCUGAGGGCUUUCAUCGUGUAAAUAUGGGAUUUUGAUGUGCAAGCUGAAGAACUGCGUGAUGAGAGUUUAUCUUUGUUGAAGGCUGUAAAGGGACCAAGACUGGGGUUAAAGGAGAUGUACAUAAUGUGUAUAUGAUCAGUGCUCUAUUCUCAUAUCUGCAGUAGAGAACGGGAUGUAUAUACAUCGCCUCAUGGAUGGAUGUGAGGGGUGCUAAAUGAACAUAUCGACUGUCUUUGCCUCCAGCUGUUGUGAACUGACAUUUGCUGUGGAAAUCACAAACAGACUGUUAGAAAAGGGUUUCUGCCAUUUACAUCCAGGUUUCUUGUCAUACUUGCAUCCCCCACAGAGACAAAUGUACACGCACACUGCUGCGAGCUGUUCAGUCUGGCGUGAGACACAUUUUGCGAAAGAGAAACGACAAGAAUGGCCUCAUUUAUAUGUGCAUUUGGUUUGUACAGUGAGUAGUGAGUCAGUAAGACCCCAGUUAUUGUAAAACUACAACUGUGACAUGUGGAGAACGUAAAAUAAACAAUUAUGAGUUAUGGUACA